GCGGAGUUGCGAAACCGUUGGAGCGGAAAACUCCAUAAAAAUCUCUCCUUUCUCCUCCUCCUCCUCCUCCUCUCUCCUUCUCUUCUACUACCCUUGUCCUUCUUCGCUUCCUCUCCAAUGGAGUUCGAUGAGUUCCUCACACGCAAGCAGUACGUCUGCCUCGCCAAGCUUGCCGAGAAGGCGGACCGGUACGAGGAGAUGGCCAGGUGGAUGGAGAAGAUAAUCAGGAAGCCGUGCUUUAAGGACUUCACGGCGGAGGAGCGCUGCCUGUUCGCCGUCGCCUACAAGAACGUCGUCGGCUCUCGUCGCUCCUCCUGGUGGGCGAUCUUCUCCAUGGAGCAUAAGGAGGAGAGCAGACGGAACGAGGCCGACGCUGCGAUCAUCAAGCGCUACCGUGUCCGGAUCGAGGCCGAACUUUCCUCGAUCAUUGAAGGGGUUCUCGGCCUGCUGGACUCCCACCUCAUCCCCUCCGCCGGCUCCGCCGAGUCCAAGGUAUUCUACCUCAAGUUGAAGGGGGACUGCUACCGCUAUAUCGCCGAGUUCAGGGCUUGGGAGGAGCGGAGGCAGGCGGCCAAGGACGCAGCGGCGGCGUACUAUGCGGCUCAGGGUAUCGCGCAUGUGGAUCUUGGACCAACACAUCCUGUUAGGCUGGAGCUGGAACUCAAUUUCUCAGAGUUCUUCCAUGAUAUUAUGAAUUCAUUAGACAUGGCUUGUAGCAUUGCAGACAAGGCAUUUAAGUCGGCUCUUGAUGAUCUGGACAAUUUGGGUAUGGACUUCUACAAGGAUAGCACACUUAUUAUGCAGCUUCUGCGAGACAAUCUUACUCUUUGGAAGGCUGGUGCACAGCGCCAGACAGUUGAACCAUAGGAGGCAUAUGCCGGGUGUUCUCCUUAGGGGAGGUGGACUAUAAUGUCAUGUGUCUAUAAGCACGUUAGAUCAAACAUAAGGACAAUUUAUGCCACUCAGUUGAAUCAUUCAGGAUUUUUGAAGAUUUUUUUAAAAAAAAAUUCUUCCAAUCCAUGUACAUCUGCUUGCUUCAGUCUUUUCUUUUCUUUCUUUCUUUCUUUUUUUUGACUGAAACUUGCUUCAGUCUUUUCAUGUACUGCUUUUGAUCUAUUAGGUGCACUGUUGUAGUUUGGAUGAAUGUUUGGUCCUCAUAUAAAAUUAAAGUUUUCUAUGAUAA